AUGUCGAACCGCGGCUACGACGUCGUCGUCGACGUCGACUCCGAGGGUGACCUAGGCCACACCGACCUCCAAGAAGACCUCGAAUUCCACCCCUCCAACUUCGACUCCAACGAUGCCGGCAAAAUCGCCCCAGACACGGCGCCCUCCGGCCACCGCCGCGGCGGAUCCCGCAGCAGCGCCUUCGGCGGAGCCGGGGGCGGCUCCUCAUCCAACACGGGCGGCGGCAGCGGCAGCGGCGGCGGCAGCGGUUCCUCGUCGUCGAAGCGGUACCUGUGGAGCAUCGGGUACUACCAGCAGUUCUUCGACGUGGACACGGGCGAGGUGCUGAAGCGGUGCUGGGCGGCGAUCCUGCCGCUGCGGUCCAACUUCCUCGACGUGCUCGAGGGCAACCCGGACCUGUACGGGCCCGUGUGGAUCGCGACGACGGUGGUGAUGAUCCUGUUCCUGACGGGCACCAUGAGCCAGUACCUCGCGCGCUCGGGCGAGGACCACUUCCCGUACGACUUUCGCCUGCUGAGCGGCGGCGCCGGGCUGGUGUACGGGUAUACCAUCGUGGUGCCCGUGGCGCUGUGGGGCGUGCUGAAGUGGUUUGGGAGCGAGAGCGCCAACGUCAUGGAGUGCUGGGCGCUGUAUGGCUAUGCGAACAUCAUUUGGAUCCCGGUGGCGCUGAUUAGCUGGAGUCCCAUCACGAUUCUCAACUACGUCUUCGUCGGCAUCGGAUUCGGCGUCUCGGCCUUUUUCCUCUUCCGCAACCUCUACCCGGUUCUUAGCGCGACGGACGUCAAGACGUCGAAGAUUUUGCUCAUCGUCGUCGUCGCGUUGCAUGCCGGCUUGUCCAUUGCGAUCAAGAUCCUGUUCUUUGCGCAGGGUAGCCCCGUCAGCAAGCAUGACGAUUCAGACGACGAGGAUGACGACGACAAGGUCAAGUUGCUGAAGACGCUGUUCCGAUUCUGA